AUUAACUGAAAUGAAACGACAUAAAUCCAAGACAGACAAAUAAUAUCUGCCGCUUCUUCUUCUUCAUUUCUCACUGCGGUGAUUUUCUUUACUCAACUCUGUUUCUUCUUCAUCACAAAUCAUAUGCCAAAAGCUCAACAGCUAACAGCAGAUAUAGAGAGAUGGCGAGUAGGAGAGGCACAGGCGAAGAAGAAAUCGGAGUUAAGGGAGGAGGAGAGUAUGAAGAAUCCAGAGCACAAAGAAUCAAGGAAAACAUGGCGAGAAUGAAGAGCCUGGGUAUCGCUGCCCUUUCCAACCAGCUCCUCAAGAGUCGCCGCAAAAACAAGCGCCGCGUACCUUCGGAUGAUCCUCCCCGCCGCUCUUCUAGGUUGAAUCCUACAGAGGAGCACAAAUUGGGUGAGAAUCCUGAGAUUUACACAGAGAAGCACAAAUUGGGUGAGAAUCCUGAGAUAGAUGAGAAUCCUGAGAUUUACACAGAGGAGCACGAGAAGCUGUUGGGCGACGCCGUGGCUGAGUGGACUCGCCAAGUUAAAUACGAUCCCUCUCAGGGAAAGCCUUGCCACCAAUGCAAAAAAAGGCCUAUUGGACUGGUUACCACGUGCAGCAAGUGCUACACCGCCUCGGGCCAGCUUUGUGGAGUUUGCUUAUACAGGAGGUACGGGGAGAAUUUGGCAGAGGUUAGUUUGAAGCGAGACUGGGUUUGCCCAGUAUGUCGUGGAAUAUGCAAUUGCUCUCACUGUAGAAGAUACAAAGGGUGGAACCCUGUUGAAAUAGACUUCAAGAAGGCACAGAAGCUUGGAUUCAAAUCUGUUGCGCAUUACCUCAUUCACACACGUCGCGGGGGAGCAAUUGACGAUGCUAAAACUCCAUCCGGUGAUGAAAACGACGGACCAUCUGAUGAUAGUGGAGAUGAGCAUGAUGAAGACUAUGAGAAGAGAUAUGGUUGGAACAGCAGUCCGCCAAUCUGUUGAUGUAUUUCCGAGUGUUGCACGCCGUGGCCAUCUCCCUCCAGAUAUAUAAACUGCGCCGCUCUUCCAAUGUUAGCUGCAGCCCCAACCAAAUCUGCCGGAAAUGGACAACCGGCCGCGGUGACCGUGUUCAUCUCCUUCCACGCCUCCCUUAUCAGAAACCUCAGGUGUUCUUGCGCCUCUUUCUCCGAAGCAUUUGUGUCCUUCAUGUAACACUGGAUUGCUUUCGGCACGUCGCCCCUCUUCAGCUCAAACUAGGUUUAACAAAGAAAAUACAAAUUAUAUACUUAUCAAUUAAUGUUGUUAAUUAGGUACCUUACCUGUGUAGUCCCAAGAUCAUCAGCAAACCUUAGAAUCAUUCCUGAUAGGUUAAGUAUGUUAUGAUAUUCGUACAAGCUCUCGAUGACCUUUUUGUUAGUGCUCGAGUUUGCUAAUGUGAAAUAAAGUUGGGAUAUUAUUGUAGGAGACGAUAUUGAAACUUUGGCGUUGUUCAGAUAUUCUUCCAA